CAUGAAAACUUAUCUUACCCUCGUUUCUUGGACAGUGUAUUACCACAAUUAAUUAAAGAACCAUUGUAUUUUUCAAUAAAUAAAAUAUAAUGGCGUUUAAAUUUGUGGUGUUCGCUACGUGUUUGGUAGCUGUGGUAAAUGCUGGAUAUAUAAAUCCGGUUGCUGUUAAUCAUGCUGGUCUAGAACAUUAUCCAACACAUUACACUGGCGGUUAUGUACCUGAAGCAGUUCCUACAUUUAACGCACAUCAUACAGCGGCACCAGUAUUCGCAUACGCACCAAUAGCUAAAACAUUAGACGAUGAAUAUUCAAUACCAAAUUAUACAUUCGAAUACGGUGUUAAUGAUCCAACAACUGGAGAUGUAAAAUCACAACACGAAACACGUUAUGGUGAUAAAGUGAAAGGAUAUUACAGUUUAAAUGAACCCGAUGGUACAAAACGUGUUGUUCACUACACCGCUGAUGAUCAAAACGGUUUUCAAGCAGUUGUUGAAAAAAUUGGACAUGCCGUACAUCCAGUGAAAUUUGUUAAUCCAGCAAAAUUAUACAGCAAAGAAUUUACACACGCACCAAUCGCAUAUGGAGCAUACGCUGAUCCACAUGGACAUCCCAAUUAUUAUACCUUAUCCACACCUUACGAAAAUCCUGCCCCAAUUUAUCAUCAACAACCAACCAUUAUUCCAAACGGGGGUAUUCUAUCAAAACCAAUUGUUGUUGCUGAACCAGAAUAUGCAUUACCUGCUCCAAGACCAGAAGUAGUAUACUCUGCAAAACCUGACAUUGUUUAUGCAACACAACCACAGUAUGUUGAAGCGCAACCACAGUUUGUUCAAACACAACCACAGUUUGUUGCAUCACCAAAAUAUAUUGCGCAAGCUAAACCACAAAUAAUUUCUGUACAAAAACCAGAAUAUGUAGAACAUUUUCAACCAAUUGCCAAAGAACACCAUAUACCAAACUACGGACAUUCAGCUGCAUUUAUUAAACCAGAAUAUAGUGUAAUUGGCAAACAAAACUUUGUUCCUGUCCUCAAACCACAACGGUACGUACUAAGCGCCCAAGAUGCUCAUGCUGAGCCACAUUAUGCAACAAUUCCACAAGCGCACUAUGAAAAUGUGCCUGUACAAUAUGAAGCAGUUAAUAAUCAUCAUUCCACACAUGAUUCUUAUUCUGUUCCUCAUCCUGUUUCCCACGAAAGCUAUGAAGUUCCACAUCAAUAUGACAGUUAUUCCCUUCCACACGGCUACGAUCAUUCAUCUCACGAAACAUAUUCACACGAUUAUUAAGAAAAAAAAUUUAAUAGUAUUCUUUUUGUA